UCUUCCAUUAAGCCUGCCGCUGUACUACAUUGGCAUGAGAGCUCUGUGGAUGAUCCGAUGCGGGGCACUUCCGCCUGUCAAACGCCGCGCAAUUUGCAUCAUCUACGGCAUGGUCCAUUUCCAUUCUCUUUCAUCUGACUUCAGACCAUUAUCGACUGAUAAUUAUUCACGGCCCCUGCCGACCUCGGUGUUUGCAUUGAUUUUAUCGCAAGCUUACCAUCUCAAGUUGUCAGAUCCACCAUCGUAAUCCUAUAGUCGUGGGUUACCGGUUCAUUUGCCGUUCAUCCAACUCCACUCCCCUCCUCGUUCACAACCCUUCGGCGACACUUUUACGUAGAGAGUCCUACUUUGGCGUUCAGU